CCGCAGUCUUUCAGUUGAACACUCAAACCCCCAAAUCAUCAUUUGCAAUUUUGCAUCAUCAACAUUCCCAUAAAACUUCACAACCAAAUUCCCCAAUUUCGCAUUCAGUUCAUACUCCUAGGGAUCUUUUUCCUCAAUUUUAAAUUCCUUGGAUCACGAUUCAUGGAAAUGAGUACCACUAGUUAUCAUAUACCCAAACCAUUUCUGAAUUCCAGUUGUUACACGCCUGUUGGUGUGUCCGCAACUUGGAUCACCCGUUUUCCUGUUGCUGUUGUUCGUAAUCGUCGCUCCAGGAAUCGGAAAACGUUGAAGGUUGUAAAGGCGGUAGCGGCGGCAUCCACUGCUCGUGGUCGUGCUGCCGUGAACGGAGGUAGCCGGAGUGAACAGGAAUUGCAAUCGUCGUCAAAUGCCUCCAUUAGUAGCAGUGCGUUAGAGCAAUUAGAUAUCGAGCGUGGCGUUUGUAUUCCGUUUCGAAAGUACACCCCUGAUACUGUUAGAAGUAAGGUGUUGGAGUCACAAGGUGCGAUUUUAUCACUGGUUGGAAGAGGAGUUGAGAUUGUUUGGAAGUUGGGAUUCUACUGGACAAGAUUGGUGUAUGAUUAUCUAGUUGGUCGUGAUGAAGAAGUUGUUCCUUUUCGUGCUAGGCAGCUCAGGAAUCUAUUAUGCGACUUGGGCCCUUCUUUCAUCAAAGCUGGCCAGGUUCUUGCAAACAGACCUGAUAUUAUUAGGGAAGAUUACAUGAAUGAACUUUGCAUUCUUCAAGAUGAUGUUCCUCCUUUUCCUAAUCAGGUUGCUUUCAACAUUAUAGAAGAGGAGUUAGGUCAACCUCUUGAAGCUGUUUUCAGCAAAAUUUCAUCAGAGACCAUAGCAGCUGCAAGUUUAGGUCAAGUUUACAGGGCUACUCUACGUGCUUCAGGAGAGGAUGUUGCUAUUAAGGUCCAAAGGCCUGAAAUAGAGCCUAUAAUAUACAGGGACCUAUUCCUGUUCCGGACACUUGCUUCCUUCCUGAAUGGAAUCAGUUUACAGAAGUUGGGUUGCAAUGCAGAGCUUAUAGUUGAUGAAUUUGGUGAGAAGCUUCUGGAGGAGCUUGAUUAUACAUUGGAAGCACGCAAUAUUGAAGAUUUUCUUGAAAACUUCAAAGGAGAUCCAACUGUUAAAAUUCCAAGGGCAUACAGACAGCUUUCUGGUUCACGUGUUCUAGUGAUGGAAUGGAUUGAUGGAAUCCGGUGUACUGAUCCACAGGCCAUUAAGGAAGCUGGUAUUGAUGUAAAUGGAUUUUUGACUGUUGGUGUUAGUGCUGCUUUGAGACAGUUGCUAGAGUUUGGUUUGUUUCAUGGUGAUCCUCACCCUGGAAAUAUUUUUGCCAUGCGGGAUGGACGUAUUGCUUAUGUGGACUUUGGGAAUGUUGCUCAGUUAAGCCAGCAAAAUAAACAGAUUUUAAUUGAUGCUGUUGUCCAUGCUGUAAAUGAAGAUUAUGCUGAAAUGGCAUAUGAUUUCACAAGACUUGGAUUCCUUGCUAAAGGAACAGAUGUCUCCCCCAUUAUUCCAGCAUUAGAAUCCAUCUGGCAGAAUUCUGCAGGAAAAGGAUUAGCUGAUUUUAAUUUUAGAAGUGUUACAGGGAAAUUCAAUCAACUUGUGUAUCAAUACCCUAUUCGGAUUCCAGAAAGAUUUUCUCUUGUCAUUCGUUCUUUAUUGACUCAAGAAGGCAUCUGUUUCACACUAAAACCAGAUUUUAAGUUUCUUGAGGUUGCAUAUCCAUACAUUGCAAAACGUCUUUUAACAGAUCCAAAUCCCGCUCUUCGUGAACGCCUUGUUCAGGUUUUGUUUAAAGAUGGUCUUUUCCAAUGGAAGAGGCUUGAAAAUUUAAUCGUGUUGGCAAAAGAGAAUGUAACAAAAAUGAGCAGCAAUCCUGCAUAUCAAGGAAACAACACGGAAAGUUCGAGAGGGUUGCAGGUUCAAAGGAAGUUGGAUCUAACGGACACGAUUAAAGAUGGAGCCCGGCUUUUCUUGAUUGAUGAAGGAAUACGUAGGCAACUUCUUCUUGCAUUAACAGAGGAUUCUAAGCUUCAUAUUGAAGAGCUUGUGGAUGUGUAUAGGCUUGUUGAAGAUCAAAUAGACAUUCCCUCAGUUGCUUUGGAGGUUGUCAGAGACUUACCUUCAGCUGCUCGUGAUUUCAUGCUUUCAUGGAGUGCUUCUGUAUUAUCUGAUAAAUGAUUCGGGUUUUUUUGACACACGUGUUCAUAGAGGUAUAAAAAAAGUUAUAGUUACAUAAUUUGUAUAGAAUUAAGCCAUCAAAUAUUUUUUUGGCUAAACAGAUUUAUAGGUAAAAAAAAGGAAAAGAAAUUUGUAAGUUGAUGUACAAUAAUUAGUCUUUUAUAUCGGGACUAAUAUAAACAUAUACCAUUGAUGGCCUUGAUGUAUUGUAUAUAAAACGGAAAUGACACUACUCAGAGGUUUAUGCAGCUAGUU